AGGUCUUUCGGGAGAAAAUAGAUUCUGUAUUUCAAACAAACAUUUAGAAAAGCACUCGACAAUGCUCACCAGAGUGCGGACAGGCACAGCCGUGCCGAUGUAUGCGAAGCGCUGCUUCUCUUACGCUUACCCACGCCGUGCGCAAGCGGCACCCCGUUCUGAAAGUGCCAGACCGAAUGGUGCAGCGCGAAAGACGGCACGGUCGUCUUCUACCCACGCCACUCCCAGACGUGGAUAUGCUGCUGCCACCCAUUCUACGACAGCACCGCCUCCUCGCCUCGAAGCCCCGAGCUACCUCUACCGCACCUUCAUGGGUCACUCCUCCCGUUUUGCCGCCAUGAACCCUCCUUUAACGCGAACGGAUAUCACGAGGCUCGAGCGGGAGCCCCUUGCCCAUGUCGCGCCCGGCCGCGUCAACGACCACGUUUGCAUCGGGAUGGUGAAGACACUGCGCUGGGUUGCGGAUCGCGUUUUCCGUGAGCGGUACCUUCACCGCGCCACGAUGCUGGUGACCGUCGCCUCUGCGGCGCCGUCAGCUGGGUCGGUGGCGGCGUACCUGCGAAUGUUUUUUAAGCGCCGCCCCACAAACACCGACGGGAACUCGUCCGUGAGCAAGCUAGCGUCUGUGUCAGCCGAAAUGGCGUCACCUUUUUUGGCAGCGGAGAAAGGUGCGCAAACGACACCCUCGUCGUCGCCGUCGGCCUCUUCCUCUUCUUCUGCGGUUGCUGGACACGCGUCGGGUGGCCGUCUGCAUCACUCAACACCCAACUCGUCCGUGUCUGGUGCGCCGCUGCGGCACUCGUACGUAAAUGAACUGCGUGGCCUGCUGGCGCAGAGCGAGUGCCACGCCAUGCACUACCAAAUUCUCGGUAGCAUGGCGGAGAUUACGGCCGUCGAGCAGGCGCUCGUGCUGCUGCUGCAGGCGUUUCAUUUUGCGCUGUAUUUCGUGCUGUUUUUGUUUUACCCGCGCAUGGGUUUUCGGCUGAUGGCGUACACCGCGGAGGAGUCCUCGGUGGUGUGGACGCAGAUGGUGAACGACGUCGAUUUAGGCAAGAUUGCGGAGCUGCGGGUGCCAACGCUCGCCUUGCAUUACUGGGGUUUGGAGGGCGUCUUCACGGCGCAGGGGGCACUCGUUCCGAUGAUUGUUCCCCCGAAGGUACAGGACGUGAUCCUGUUUCGGACCGAGGAAAAAGGGAAAGCAGCGGAGGUGGGGUACAGUGACGCGGCGGAGGGUGUUAAGUCCGCGAAGCCCCCAGCGUUGAAAGCGGAGGGCGACGCCGUCGGCCAAUUGGACACGCCAUCCCCGUCUAAAACAGCUGGUGGUGGGCCCUCUGGAGCGGCUUCAGAGUCCGAGCUACCAAAGUCCCCAGCAACGGAGACAACAGCAGGUGCAUCGACAGCAACAGAUUCUACAGCUGCAGAGGAGAAAGAGGAGGCGGCGGAGCCGUUGCUUCACCAUCCUGUUCUCACCGACCCAUCCGAAACCGUUUUCACUUUGCGCGAUGUGGUGCUGCUCAUCCGCUCCGAUGAGAUGGUGUUUCGUGACUUGAAUCACGAGAUGGCGAAUGAGCUGGACACCCAACCGGGGUUUCUGCGGCGACUUGUUGACAGGUUCGAACAGCGAUGA